GGGGGGGUUAGGAGACAGGAGUACGCUGGACCACCGAUGAGAAGAUUCCAAAAGACCUAGAUUUCGCUUGUGGAUGAUAUAUGUCUAAUGUCACACAAACUCGAAGACUUAAAGGCGAAAAUCAACAAACUGGUGGAGGAAGCAGGCGGCGAAGACAGGACUGCAGGUGAACAUAGUGAAGAUAGAGGUGAUGAAGAUAACCAACCAUUACCAACAGAAACAACAACCAACACCAAUCACCAUCAACAGGAGAGGUUUAACUGAGGUUAUCUCCUUCACUUAUCUGACUAGGAAGCAUCGUUUCAUCAAAGCUGGCCAGUGAGAAUCGAAAAGGCAAGAUACGCCUUCAUCAAUCUGAAAUCAGUUUGGAAAUCUUCUGCUCUGCACUCAGCAAUAAGGAAAAAGAUUGGGAUUUUCAACACCAAUGUCAAGUUGGUUCUUCUAUACAGGUCAGAAAAUUGCACUGUGUGUUACGAAAAGGAUUUCCAGCAUGUUACAGACUGUCGUCAACAGCUGCCUUCACUGGUUCCAUGCUAAAGAUCAAAUGGCCAGAAAGAAUUAGCAACAGGAAACUCAGAUUGUCUGGGAACAAACCAACCAAGAGCCGAUUGCUCAACAAAUAUUCUCGACAAAAAGUUUGAUGUUCACUAGCAAAUGACUGGAGGUUCGAUUCCCGGCUGAGGCAAUGUUCAACCCUGCCUGCUUAGCCGGUGGUAAACCCGAUGAAGAGGAGAGAAGGAUGGGCGUGAGGCUAGCAACCUCAACCCGUAAAAUAAAAACACCACUCCUACUGAAACUUAGAAGCUCACGCCGAGUCCAGCACAUUUCCCGAGUGUUCUGGGCGUUUGGAAGUACAUUUGAAGUUGGUUUGGCCUACCUGAUUCUGCCAAGAUUCGGCUGGAGAUGGCUAGUAUUUGCUUCAGCUGUACCAUUAAUGCUUUUCUUAAUUUUAUUGAAAUUUCUGCCUGAGUCUCCAAGAUUUCUUGUUAGCGCUGGGAAAAUUGAAGAAGCUGAACGUAUAAUAGCAGAUUUAUUUCGAGCUAAUCGAGUUGCGCCAUUACAAGGCACUCUAGUAUCCGCGGCUGUACCUGUAAAGGAUCGAGGCAGCAUAAAGGGUAUGUUUGGUAAAGAUUACUUGGUGACGACACUUAUGCUACCAAUCAUCUGGUUCAGUGCAGCAUUCUGUUAUUAUGGUAUUGUUCUUUUAAGUGCUGAAAUAUUUCGUAUUAGACACGCUUGUUUUGGAGAAUAUGUUCGAACUCCAGAUUAUCAUGGUAACUGGAGUCAAGGUCAUGUUCCGCCGCUUUUAGAAGCGCCACGUCAACUCGAUAACUCUUGCUGUAAAGAAUUGUCACAUGAUGAUUAUGUGGCUAUGCUAGUUUCUUCGAUUGGAGAAUUUGUUAUUAUACCAUUGAUGAUUCUGAUGGUUGACUUUGUGGGAAGAAAAAUUACCAUGGCUAUAUGGAAUGGACUUAUAUCUAUCCUUUUCAUGCUACUCUAUCUGUGUAUGCCUAAAUUAGCCAUGACAGCUUUGUUGUUUGUGUUGCGUGCACUCUCUGCCGGUUUAUUCAGUCUUUCAUAUGUUUAUACUACUGAGGUUUAUCCAACAACUGUUCGAGCAGUAGCUGUCGGCACCUUUAGUUCAAUUGCUAGACUAGGUGCUAUGGUCACACCUUAUGUAGCUCAAGUAAUGAUGCCGGAAGUGUCACAGAUUGGCGCCUUGUGCUUGUAUGCUUCUAUAACUGCAUUAGUCGCAUUGCUGUCAAUUUUCCUGCCAAUAGAAACAAAAGGACGUCAGCUACCGAGUUCCACUGUUUCAGUUACAUCAGAGGAGACUCCAUCUCUUCAAGUCGCUAAAUAAAUCACCUUCUUUUGGGUAGAAAACAAAUGUGAUCUUGGUGUUUCCUCAGUCGGUUCGGUGUGUUGCUGUUUUUUCUUCGUCUUCUUCAUAUUUCAAAUGAAUAGCAUUCAUGCUAAUUUCAACUAGUGUGUCAAAAGAUCUCAUUCUCUUCUUUUCAUAACUUUCUUACAAUCUAAAUAUCAACAGAGAUUUAUCUAUAUGUUCCUUUCUUGUCACUCUUAACUACAAAGUGAUAUUUUUUUUAAAAAAAAAAACAACUGUGAAGUUGACCGUUCAAAUAAAUAAUCUUAAUUCUCGUUGUUUUGAAUAAAUUUUGUUCAAUUGUGCCUGUUUUAUUUUUGUCUGCUCAAAAAUGGUUUCCUCUUAAAAAAAAAACUUGAAUACAAUGUUUAGCAUUAUUGUUCUUUACUGUUCUGCUUGGAUGCGUUGAGUCUUGUUCCGUGCUAUUGUUCUUGUUCAUGCUGUUGUUGCUGCCUCUGUCUUGCUCCUUUUCUAAUAAUUGUGAUUGUGAAUCCUUAGACUGCAUAUUACUAUGUGAUCAUCUUACUCUGGACCAACUGUUUAUCCUCUUUUUUUUGUUUUUUCUUGUUUUUUUUAUGGGUUUUCCUUUUGUAUCAUUGUCAUAUUUGUAUUUUUUGUGUCUUUCUCUCUCUCUCUUUGUGUGUUCUUGCAAUUCCCUUUGAUGACCCAUACAACAGAGAUACCAUGUUAACGACAGUAAUAAUAAUAACGAUGAUGAUGAUAAUAACAAUAAUAAUAUUUCUUGUGUUUUUGUAAAAUAAAAAUAUUUCGAUUUCCUUCUUACAUACUUGUUACGAAAUAUUGUGAAUUUUCUCAUCAUCUGAGCGGAAGUUCACUGAGAUAUACUUCUUCCAAGACCU